AUGAAAACAUCCACAUGCUACCGGACUUGAGUACUGCGCAUGCGUACGAUGUACUCUACGGAUGCCCGCACAGAAACACGCUUUCGGGCUGAACUGGAACCCGAGUCCAAAGGUGGAGUUACAGUCCCAACACGAAACCCGGUGCAGAUAAGCUACUAUCGGAUUAAACGAGCAAUUCAGGUUGUACACAAGACCACAAUGAGUUGAUCACAAAUGGCGUGGGACAGCACUGAGACAAAAUAGGACACACUUUCCCACAAUGGGGAGCCACAGGAACGGUUUCAAGAAGGAAAGCUACAUUUUGUCGGUGGACGUGGGCACAACGUCAAUCAGAUGCCACGUCUAUGACAAGGAGGCAAAGAUCCGAGGAUCAUGCUCUACAAAGGUUGUGCUCCUCUAUCCAGAGGUAGGACAUGUGGAGAUGGACCCAGAUGACCUGUGGAAAGGGUUUAUCUCUGUGGUUAAAGGAGCCGUGCAAGAUGCAGGAAUACAAAUGCACCAGGUAGAGGCCCUUGGGAUCUCCACUCAGCGCAGUACCUUCACAACAUGGGACAGGAGAACUGGGGUUCCUUUCCACAACUUCAUCAGCUGGCAGGAUCAGAGAGCUGCAGACCUGGUGAAGUCCUGGAACAGAUCCUGCACCAUGAAAGCAAUCCAUGGUGCAAUGAAGGUCCUCUACUUUGUUACCAGGCAGAAACGGUUGCUUGCAGCAAGUCUCAUCGUCUUCUCCACUCAGCAUGUCACUUUUCGCCUCGUCUGGGUCUUGACACAUUACAAACAGGUUUGUCAAGCAAUAGAUGAAGGUUACUGCUGCUUUGGGACAAUAGACAGCUGGCUCCUGUUUAAACUCACAAAAGGACACCUGCAUGCCACCGAUUACUCUAAUGCCAGUUCAACAGGGAUUUUCGACUCUUAUCAGAUGUGCUGGAGUGGGUUUCUUUCCUCUCUUGUGUCCCUGCCGCUCUCUAUUUUCCCCAAAGUAGAAAAUACAGGCCAUGACUUUGGUUCCACAGACCCAUCCAUCUUUGGCGUGCCCAUUCCUAUCAUGUCAGUGAUGGCAGACCAACAGGCAGCCAUGUUUGGAGAGUGCUGCUUUGAUGUUGGUGAUGUGAAGAUCACCAUGGGAACAGGCACCUUCAUGGACAUAAACACUGGGAGCAAACCACAUGCAUCUGUAGCAGGUCUGUAUCCUCUUGUGGGGUGGAAGAUCGGCUCAGAGGUGGUGUACCUGGCAGAGGGAAAUGCAGCCGACACAGGGACCGCCAUCAAAUGGGCACAGAAGCUGGAGCUCUUCUCUGAUGUCAGAGAGACCAGCACCAUGGCUUACAGUGUCAGUGAUUCAGAUGGAGUGUGUUUUGUUCCUUCCUUCAGCGGCCUGCAGGCUCCUCUGAAUGAUCCAAAAGCAUGCGCUUCCUUCAUGGGCCUAAAACCAUCUACUACUAAACGCCACCUGGUCCGGGCCAUUCUGGAGUCAGUCGCCUUCAGAAAUAAGCAGCUGUAUGAGACAAUGUUAAGAGAAACCUGUAUUCCCAUCACAAAGAUAAGGGUGGACGGUGGUGUUUCCUCCAAUGACUUCGUCAUGCAGCUGACCUCAGACUUGUUUGGUAAAAAGAUAGCCAGACCCCAGCACCAUGAGAUGUCAUGUCUCGGGGCUGCUUUUGUCGCUGGACUUGAAGUCGGUUUCUGGAGGACGCGCGAGGAGCUGAAAAAGCUGCAGAGUGCAGACGAUGAGUUUUUGCCCCGAUGUGCAGACAAGGAGUGCACCGGCAGCCCAAACGGGGAGUACGUCCCCAUCCUCCAGAGCUGGGAGAGAGCUCUGCGGCGCUCCAUGAAUUGGUACAACAAGCCUUGACACUUGAAGCACACACACGGAGAGUCCAUGGGGUGACCAUGAAGGAUGGGGAUGUCAGAUCUGAUGACAUUUGAAAGUAAACCGAUGAUUUUUGUUAAUUUUUUUUUUUUAUGUAAGGAAAACAUCUUUGCCAGCAGUUACUUAGUCGUCCUAGGGAACAUGACAGCAGAUUUUUUUUAUUUUUCCAAGAUCUGUUUUCACAGCCACUUGUUUGUCUGCAAGUUUGCACAUAAUCUACCUAGCUUCGUUUUUAGAAACUUGUUGAAGAGGUGUAGCACAGUUAAGGAAGGAAACCGUUCUGGACCGCAGCAGGGCAUUGAUCUUGUCAUAGGAUACACUCUCCAAGUGCCCCUCUAAUGUAAAGCUAAAGGACAAAUGCACUGACAUGAUGCUGCAGCACUGAUUAAUACAGUUGAAGGCACGCUUGUACUAACUUCACACAGCAGUGCAGGUCAGAUCCAAGCCAAAGGAUUCCCCAGCCACAGCCUUGAAUUGCUGUCCACAAACAGGAGUUGCUGUUCCCUGACUUGAUUUCCUCUUCUUGCACACAGCAGCUGGUUUACAAGCACAUUUCAUUCAUUCCAGGAUGGACGUCACUGGUGCUGCUUCAUAUUUCAGUCGGUAUUUUUUUUUUUUUUUCCGCAGCGGAAAUAAGAUUUUUACAUUUUCCCACAUGGGGGUGCUGACGACCACCUUUUACAGCUUUUUAAAAAUCAUGAGGUCGCCAUAGCAACCGCAUGCCAAAUGUUCAUCAGCAGCUAUAGAGUUAAAAGCGUUCAUCCCAGAUUCACACAUGAGCCUCUGUUCAUGACACCUCAGACUGCACAAAAGGAAGCCCAGAUCCGAUAUGUGCAGCUUAAUGUUUCACUUUUGCAGCAGCUGCCUCCCAAUUUUAAAUCUGAACGUUGACCUCGUAAAGUCAUACAUGAUGCCUUUUUUUUAUUUUAUUUUUUUAAAUUAAUUACUGUGUGAUCAACAAAUUAUAUUCAGUGGCUGUAUUCAGAGAUUUAAAUAUGACUAGAACAAAAAACGAAUUGUAUGUGUUUGUUUUUCUGUAUGUGGGAAUUUGACUGGAGUUAAGUGUUUAAUGUUAAUUCUAUGCUUCCAAUUAGUCGAUUAUAUACCUCUCGAUUGGCAACAAGAGCUGGAAAAAGUAUUAGAUUUAACUGUAAUAAACACAAAAAUGUCUAAUUUUGUACUGUUUGAUGCUUUGAUCUGUUAUUUUGUUGCUGUGAGUGAGGUCAUAAGGGGUUCAAACCAGUCCAUGUCUCAUGAUUAUUCUUUGUUAGUGUGGAGUACAACCAUGGGGAUGUCAUAUGAUAAUGUUUUGACUCGAGUCUUGAUCUCGACUUGAUGAACUCUGAUGACAUAGUUUAAAAUUCUGAUCGCAUUAUGAUGAAGCCCAAAUGACUAACUAGAUCUAAACUGUGAAUGUCUUUCCUGACUUGUUCUGCUCCCCCGUGUGAUGAUCUGUUCUCUUGCAAAGUGUAAUACUGUGCCUAACCCUAAAGUUAACACCAGUUCACGUGUGUGACAUGACUUGUACUUCAUUCAGUUUCUGAAUGGCACGUGUCAUUCCAACAUGCUAGGGCCUAGCAGAUGAAUACAAUGUGUGUAAUUGUAAAAAGAUUUGGAUGAGAAGCUCUAGCAUUUUUGUUGCUGGGGAGGGGCUUCUAUUAAAAACCUGAAUUAUCA